AUGGCCAAAACGAGGGCGAGUGGCAAGACCAAUGGAGACAGCUCGGAGCCUGGUAGUCCAAAAACUCCAAAGAAAGUCCCAAUGAGUCCUAAAUCAACUCCUCGCAAGAAGAAGGAGGUCGCUGAAAAACAUAUGAAUGGAAAUGGCUCCACUCCUGAAAAACUGAUUGCUCAAACUGGAAAGACUUGGGGACGUGCCAGAGAUGUCAGCACGGGAACUAUCAUCGGAUCGGCUCUUAUCAUGCUGCUCUGUCCGCUACUGGUCAUUUACUUUUACAUUUCGUGUCACUCGUUCCAAUGCGAGCUGGUUGCUCCUGCUACCACAGCAUACGAUUUGGGUCUGGUUAAGUUUGCACAAACAUACUUCCCAAAACCUACUACAGCGGGCUUUCAAUUAUAUUUUGCUUGGCUGCUCUUUCAAAUAGCACUGGCUGUCUUCUUGCCAGGCAAGAUUGGAUACGGUCAAAUGACUCCUGCUGGAUUCACUCUGCCAUAUAUCGUCAAUGGAUUAUUGGCAUGGUUUGUGACACAUGGGCUAUUCUUUGGAUUGUCUCUAGGUCUAGGCCUCUUUCCUGCUUCUAUAAUAUAUGACAACUGGGCUGGUCUUAUCGUUGCUGCAAAUUUAUACGGUUACCUCCUGACAGCAUUCUGCUUUGCCAAGGCCCAUUACUUCCCUACUCACGCAGCAGAUCGUAAAUUCUCAAACUCUUGGAUUUACGACUUGUACAUGGGUAUCGAAUUCAACCCUCGUAUUGGCAUGUUGGACUUCAAACUCUUCCAUAAUGGUCGACCUGGUAUUGUCGCGUGGACGUUGAUUGAUCUCAGUUUUGCUGCAGCUCAAUACGCAAAGAUUGGAUAUGUCACCAAUCAAAUGAUUUUGAUUAACAUCUUCCAUGCCAUGUAUGUUUUGGACUUUUUCUACAAUGAGGACUGGUACUUGAGGACGAUAGAUAUCGCUCACGAUCAUUUUGGUUUCUACUUGUCUUGGGGUGACACCGUUUGGCUCCCAACUAUGUACACCUUCCAAUCUCAUUAUGCCGUCAUCAACCCAGUCGAUCUGUCUACACCAUAUGUAAUUGGAGUUCUGGUACUAGGAUUCGGUGGCUACUUUAUCUUCCGUUCUGUCAAUGAUCAGAAAGAUAAAGUCCGAGCUUCCAAUGGCCACAUCAAAAUCUGGGGCAAACCAGCCAAGGUCAUCCGUACUGAAUACACUACUAGUGAUGGUAAACUACACAAGAGUCUGUUACUCAUCUCUGGAUAUUGGGGUCUCUCUCGCCACUUCAAUUAUGUCGGUGACCUCAUGAUCUCAAUGGCCAUGUGCAUGUCGUGUGGAACAAAACACUUGUCGGCAUACUUUUACAUAAUCUACAUGACAUGGUUAUUAUUAGAUCGUAUCUAUCGUGAUGAUCAUCGAUGUCGUGCCAAGUAUGGAAAGUAUUGGGAUCAGUACAUCAAGGCUGUGCCAUAUAAGCUCAUUCCCUACGUCUUCUGA